GUUUUCAUUCAAAUCUUACUACAAAUUCAAAAGAUAUAGGCUGGUAUUAUUGAAUCCGUUCGUAGCGGCGGCGUACGUUCCGACACUCAUUUUCCUAACGUACUAGAUCGUUGCUACAGUUAUUCACCGCGGCGUUGUAGGACCGGGCGCAAGAAAUGUGUUGCCAUCCCUAGAAUUUCAUGUGAGCGUCGUACGUUCCCGCUACGAACGGAUUAAAUAAUACCAGUCAUACUCUUUUAAUCACAAAAACAUCAUUCUUCCAUACAAAUUGUAUGGCCUAUCCGGGUAGGCGGUUGUACGAUUACGUAAUGUUUUUUGGUCGUACACAAGAUGGUUAAAUGGUUGCGUUCUUAACAGUGCUCCUGCCGAAAUCUGCCAAUAUAAUUUGGCCACACUGGACCGCAGGGCAAAAGCUCGCUCGAAAGGUCAACAACCGUCGCAAAACGUCAAAAACGACCGUCGCCAGCGCCUCGAAAUCGUUGCGAGUUUCGCUCGCUGGCGACGUCGGUUUGCAGUACAUGUGACGCCGGUUUUGACGUUUUGCGACGGUUUUGCGACGGUGGCUGCCAAAAAGCUCGCCUGACCUGCGGACCAGUGUGGCCAGAUUAUAUUGGCAGAUUUCGGCAGGAGCACUGUUCAGAACGCAACAAUUUAAAUUUAAUCAAUUAUUUUAAUGAUUAUCCUGCUAGCAAAGAGAAUGAAAAAGUGUGCGACUUUCAGACGAGGGGCAUGUAGACGCAGGGGGAGACGGUUGGAAAUACACGGAAUUACGCAGAGCCGCGAGCGUGUUUUGGUUUCCACACAGUUUUUGCACUCACACAUUUACACAUGUGUGAAUGUGUGCGUUCACUUUCAGCCUGCCAUCUCAGUUUGGUGUUCUCGCAGCGGCAUGGUGGUAUCGGUGUCUCGCUCGCACUAGUGCAGCUUGUUCGGGAAGAAACGGAAAGGAAGGGGUAUGAGGAAAAUACAAUGAAACAGCGCGAGCGAGCGUUCUUUUCAGUGAGAGCGCCUCGUAUAUUUUAAAGGCAUGCAAGAGAGCGCCGGUCUGGUGGCACAGUCGUCAACUCGAACGACUUAAUAACAUGCCCGUCGUGGGUUCAAGCCCCGAAUAGACCGACCCCCUAUAGGUAGGAUUGACUAUUCUGCUAUGGUACCAAUAAGUCACUGAAAGCCAAGCCCACUUCACUAGUGGGUACAGGCAGGCCUUGACCGGCAGCGACUGUUGGGCCAAAUGAAGAAGAAGAAUGAGCAAGAGAGCGCAUUCUCCCUGUGGUAGCGCUCCAUCCGCCAUUCAUUAAUUAUCAGCCCAAAACAACGGACUUCGGAUCCGAUCUUGGGCCGGACCCCACCGUAUGUUUCUACCUUCCCCUCGCCUGAAAAUUUCAUUCUCUUUGUCUGUCAGGUAAGCUUUAACCGCCGACAGCGAGAUUCAAAUUCAAAUUUAAAUGACUUUCUUUGACGAGAAAUUUUCGGAAUCCACGCAACUGACAUUUUCUACUUAUUAUGAACAUUAAAUUUUAACGGAUAAAAAGUGCCAGGCAAACAAACGUGCAUCAGCGCGUUAAGUAACAAAUGUGGUUAACAAUCCUUGAAAUAGCAUCCCAAGCGCCACAGAUUGAGCUUAAACGACUGAAAAAUCAAAUAUCUGUGAUUUUCGGUAGGAUAAAUGGAAAAUCGGUAGUUUUAGGGCGGUCAUCUGUGAAUCGGUAGGCAUGUAAAAAAUCGGUAGGAAUACAGAUAAAUCGGUAUUUCUGGUCACUCUGUGUGUUGGUGCACCAGCAGCACCAGUGUCAAAAUUCAGGCUCACCCGAGUGUCAUCUGAGCCCUCACUGUGAGUGUGGAGUGAGUGUGGAAAAACAGUCCAAAUUGACAUUCAUAACGAAGGGCGGGGGAGCGCUUGCUGUCAAAAAUGUGGGUGAAAGAAGCCCUAUUUGACUGUGGAUCGUUUGGCUAAAAAAAAGUAGGUGAUAUUGUCCCCCACACUUGUGUACCAUUUCAUUUCGUGUUGUUGUUGUGUAUUGGUAUUCCACCGUGUGCUCCCGUUGUGUGCCAUUGCGUGUUGUGUGUAUUCGUAUGCCAUCGUGUACUCUCGUACUCUUUUGAUACUUGGCCUGUGUGAGAGAAGAGAGAGAGAGAUAUGGAAAACAAAAACAAAAACGUAAGCAUCGUAGACGAAAAUGGGAAUCCUGGUAAGCGGUCCUUAAGCAUGCUAAGAAAUUUUGAAGAAGAAGAAGAAACAACACUUGAUUCUGGAAACGCUAAAAAGCAGCAAAAAGAGCAACCAUCUGGGACAAUGAAGAAUUAUAUUGUUUUUCCAAAUGGACAAAAACUAGAAAUUCGUGGCACUAUUUGUGGUGCUGUCAAUCUGGAUCAAACUGUAUGUGCGAAACCAUUAGAUGCUAAUCCGAGCUCCACACAAACACAGCAAACUAUUUUUUUAAAAACUGCUGGAGCUACUCCAUGUACUACCAAACCUGUACAACAGCCAUUAGAUGUUAAAAAGUCCGCUGGAAAACCAGAUCCCGUCACACAUACACAGCAAACUAUUUUUUUAAAGACUGCUGGAGCUACUCCAAGUACUAGCAAACCUGUACAACAGCCAUUAGAUGUUAAAAAGUCUGCUGGAAAGCCACAUCCCGUUACACAAACACAGCAAACUAUUUUUUUAAAGACUGCUGGAGCUACUCCAAGUACUAGCAAACCUGUACAACAGCCAUUAGAUGUUAAAAAGUCUGCUGGAAAGCCACAUCCCGUUACACAAACACAGCAAACUAUUUUUUUAAAGACUGCUGGAGCUACUCCAAGUACUAGCAAACCUGUACAACAGCCAUUAGAUGUUAAAAAGUCUGCUGGAAAGCCACAUCCCGUUACACAAACACAGCAAACUAUUUUUUUAAAGACUGCUGGAGCUACGCCGAGUUAUAGUAAAUCAAUCCAACAAACGUCUUUGGAAACGUCAGGAGAUAUUAUGGAGUAUAGCAAACUAAAACAGCAUUCCAAAACAUCUUACGCUACUCCGGGUCCGAGCAAACCGAGUCUGCAAAUGGUUAAUACCGAACUAUCUGGUGGUUUGCUUGAUCCCGACGAUACUCCAUUCUUAAUCACCAAGAACAUAUUACGACAGCUUAUUCGUGAUGAAGUUACUAGCGUAUUCCAGGAACAAAGGGAUAGUUUCAUGGAACCAAUGUUUCGACGCAUGGCCGGAAUGGAAGCGACUUUUGCUUCACUGUAUAAUCAAAUCUCGUCACAGACCAAUCAAACGAAUGUUGAUCCAAAAGUGUUGGAAAAUUUCGAGUUUGAUACCAUCGACAGUGGCGAAGCAUUGACUGAACUUGACGAGCGACUUAAAAACGAUGAUCAGUAUAAAACUACGUUUGUUGCAUGGGUUCAAAGGUACAUUAACGUGCCAAUAAGUACAAAAAGGAUGUCGAAACUGCUCAAAGCGUUAUUUACACCCAAAUUUCUUUGCCUUCUGACAUGGAGUGGAAGAGGAAAAAGAGCAAUGUACACUUUGUCAAAUUAUAAAGGAAUAAUAGACUUGUUUAAAACUGUAGGAAGUACUGAACUUUCCAAAGUAGGGGACCGUGAAGUUGCAGAUUUCUUCAUCCUUAAAUUGAGAUACGCUACAUACUAUCUAAGCCGGCAGGAAUGCAACCAAACAAAUAGUUGAGGAAUCUUUAAGUUUAAUUGAGGUUUAAAAGCCUUUGACUUUACACUUCAUUGAAUUUCGCCUCUUAAUUCAUGUGAUAUCUUAGAACUCUUAUAUAUACAAUACAAUGCAGUACAAAAUAAAUGAAAUCGAUGUUUUGUUAACAAGUUAUAAUAGUUUUUAUUAUUCACUCAUCAAGUUAUUUUGUAUUAGUCAUUGAGUGUAUUUAAUAAUGGAAAUAAUACCAUAUUUCCAUCAGCUUCUUUGAUAGUUCUAGCAAAUUUAAGUUUGACAUCGGAGCAUUCUAAUAAAACCUCGUCAUUUUUCAAAUCAUCUUUAUAAACAGAGUAUAUAUGUAGCUUUGUGGAAGAAAUGUGCUCGUCAAAAUAUUCGAAAAUACGGGAAAACAUUUUUCCAACUAUCAUCAACUUAUCCUGCUCUUGUCUUACUGAAACAAAUUUUAAAAUUACGUUUUUGUUGGUCAUAAAUAAAUCGUUGACAUCAUCAUUUCGCAGCUUUAAAUUUUUCCUCACAUUCAUAGUAAUAGUUUGCCCUCUUUGCGUAUAAAACGGCUGACGAAAUGGUUGAUCGUUUUGUUGAGCUCCUGUAAAAUUUUCAAAUUCCGAUAUUCUACGAAUUGCCUGUUCUAAACAUCUAUAGUUAGUUCUAAUGAGCCUGUUUUUUAUAUUUCCUAGCUUGCGUUCAUAUGCAUAUGUUGAGUGAUAGUCCAGAGGACCAAACCGCUCUACUUCUUCUUCGAGGUGGAUUAGACUAUGUACAUUGGACGUAACAGCUUUUUUAUGAUAUACAUCGGCAAAUGUUUCUACAAAAGUUUUUAGCAUAGUACCAGCAGCUUUCCAGUGUUCUUUAUGUUCGGUCGAUGAAAAUAUCGUUAUAGCACAGAAAUAAAGCAUAAAAUGCUUAUAUUCCUGCUCACUCAACAAUCCUUCCAAUACUACGGGAGCCACGUAAUGGAGAAACGUUUUGCAAUCUGAUCCUUUCCAAUAUGCUAGGUCGUCAAUCGGGCGCAUUUUUUGGUUCGUUUCAAAGGGGAGUUUUUGUUUUAGGAGUCUUUGUUUAAAUUCUUCACGUUGCUGGCGAUUCCAUCUUUUCCAU